AUGUCUACAACCGUGACCGAAACGGUUCGGGAGGAGCCGCAGUACGAGUACUACUACUGCGAUCACAGUUGGAACAACAAACGCGAAAUCCUUCGGGGCGAGAAAGCCGUGGAAACUUUUGAUGAGAUACCUCUAAUUGACGUGGAAAGGAUCUUUAGUGAGAAAUAUGAAGAGCGCCUUCAGCUAGCGACAGAAGUGGCAGACGUUUGCAAGACGGUUGGCUUCAUGUACAUCAAGAACCAUGGCAUCUCUCAAGAAUUGAUCGACGAUGUCUUUAAACUUUCAAGGACUUAUCACGACCAGCCUCUUGAGAAGAAGAAAGAGGAGUACGUCUACAAAAGCGAGACUUUACGAGGGUAUGACAUUCAUUACACAAAGACCCCGAGCGGCCCUGCAGUGAAAAAAGAGUCAUUCAUGUACUCCUAUAAUCCAGACAACGACCCUCAACUCCCGAACCUGACCCCCGAACAGCGCGAGCAAUGCAUUGGACUGCACAACAUGUGGCCAGACCAUAUUCCAGGGUUUGAGCCCAGGCUCGUAGAAUAUUUCGCCGAGCUGCUAAAGCUCUCUCGACGCCUUAUGCGCACCUUUGCGCUAGGUCUUGGCGCUGAAGAGACUUACUUCGACUCCAUAGUGACCGCUCCUUAUGUCUCUAUCAUCUUGCAGCAUUAUCCGCCACGAGCCCUUGGUGCUGCUGACUUGGACGGUCUAGGCGCACAUAGCGAUUUCGAAACUUUUACAAUCUUGAAUCAGGAUAUGGUUGGAGGCCUUGAAAUCCUCAACAAAAACGGCUUUUAUAUUCCAGCCAAGCCCAUCCGUGGAACAUUUGUAGUGAACAUUGGUGACUUCUUACAACGAAUCUCAAACGAUAUAUUCGUGUCGACUGUUCACCGUGUUAGGAAUACCUCAGGCUUGGAGCGAUACUCUAUUCCAUUCUUCCUUUCUUUCAAUGUGGACGCCGAGGUCUCGGUAUUGCCAACCUGCGUAUCAGAAAGCAAUCCUGCCAGAUAUGGACCAAGGAACCUUCACGAGUACACGGCCAGAAGACGACAGCUACAGAAAGAAGCGCAUGAGAAAGGAGAGUUGGAAGAUUCUCUAGUCUGA